GCAAGUUCAUCUGCGUUUGAUCCGAUCCCAUCGUUUGGUGGGCUUACUCACGCUUCUUUUCGUAAAUACGCGACGCCUUCCAACUAUUAUGGAGACUCACCUUCGAACUCAUGUCUCGGACUUUGAGUCAUCAGCCUCUUUAUGAUUUUCCAAUAUGAAGGAGUUCGAUUUUUGCAACUUGCUUUGAUAUUCGCCUGUCGGUGCUUGGAAUAAAUAUAAGCACACCGUUCAAAAGUUUUACCACGGAAAUUUUUUUUUGACAAGUUAGUUGCUCCUCCUCCUGUGAAAGGGUGAUACUCAGAAUGGGAAGCCCGACUAGUAUAGAUAAGCGAGCCUGUCAUUGUUUGUGAAGAUUGUACAUCUGUGGUCGGUCAUUCAAAAAAGAAACUUUGAAAUAGGAAUUUUCUCUGCCGACCUCUAAACUUUGCAGUAUCAAGUCUUGCACGAGCGCGGAGCACAAGCUGGGUCUGAACGGACUCCUGGGCAACAAAGGCGCAGUGCAGAUAAGGCUGGAGUUGCAUAGCGGUUUGCGGUUGGGCUUUUUCUCGUUUCACCUUCAUGCAGGUGAGGGCAUUUCAGCCUACGAGGCACGACUACGUGGCUUUCACCAGGUACUGGUUGACAAUCCAGAGUUUCGCUUGCGGAGUUUAAAAGACGGGUCUUCAAUCGAAGCAUCUCCCAAUGGAGGAGGCAACGAUCGACGCUCAGACUCGUCGGCAGAUGCAAGCACACAAGAAAGCGGGCUAGGCGUUGCGAGGGAUAGCACGCAUGCUGGCCCUCGAGUAUCACUCGUGUCGCAACAAAGUAGAGUGCAGCCAGAGUGGUCGGAGGCAAAAUCUGCUAGUUCGACAGGAAAAGAACCUACAACUGCAGGCUUUGACUUCUGUCUUUUGAGCGGAGACCUCAACUUUCGCGUUCAGCCCGUCAACGAGGACGUGCUGCACACGUGUCUGACUGAUUUGGCAGCGAUUCGAGGCGUCGCGUCUCCGCAACGUAGUCGUCACGAGCUCCGAAGAUCUCCAGGAUCUCCAGUAUCUCCAGUUGGGACUAGAACAAGAAAAGAAGACGAGCACAAGAAGAGCUCGAAGAGUCACGACAUACUUUCUUCCUUGCAUGCGCUCUUGUCGGACGCUGCGCCAACAGGGGCGGACGAGACACGCGUAGAAUUUGCGAUUCCAUCGUGGAUCCCGCGGGGGCUUUACCUCACGUACAUCCUGUACCGCAUCAAAAAGCUGAAACGAG